AAGACCGGCAUAAUGGAUAACUGGUCAGAUAAAAAAGUUAAAUCAAAUUUUACAAAACCAAAGGCUACCUUCAAGUCAGUUAAACUUAACGAUGAUCGUAAGAAGCGGAUAGCCGCUCGAACUCAGAACCUUCCUCGACCGUCACCGAUCAAUAUUGAAGAGCUUAUUGAAAAGCGAAUUAAAAAGUUUAGGGAUAACAGUUUCGUAUUCUUAACGUAUGCAUUUUCGAGAAGUAGUGAACGUUUUGGACCUUAUUUAUUUCUUGAAGUUCCGUUCAGCAAAGUUGACAAGCAUGAGUACUACACAGUUAGCCGGCAUGGAAUCACCUAUUGGAGCGACACGGAAAACCAAUUUAGCCAGUUGAGCGAGUGGUUGGCUGACUACGAAAAAUAUAAGAAGAUCACGAAACUGAAUUUCUUUGGAAACUACCGCUGCAUAAAGGUUUUUCGUCAAUGGCGCCAGAACGUCAAAUGGGCUAAAUACGAAACUGCUCGACAGACGUUGUCCGGUAGUUUGUUUCUUGUAAUGCCGCGAUUGGCAAAGGCGCUAUUGUACAUGAGAGAGCAGUAUGAGCAGUUGAUACAUUUUCGAUUUUUCGAUGUUUCUGUGUGUGAAAAUUGGCACUUGCCGUAUUUCGUGGAAACUCAAAUGACGACCUUCGAGCAGGUUCGCGAUUUGCUGUUCAAUUUGAACCAGAAGAUGCGUGAGGUGCUGUAUGAUGCUUGUACCAACACCCUAACCGACCGAGGUUACUCGCCACACGAUGAAGCAUUGAAUUGUGCAAAUAAGAAAAAGCUCAAGGAUAUUAUGAGUUUUACAGAGCGAGCCAACAAACGCAAAUUAUGUGCACUGUUGGCAAGAUUUCUAGAAUACGCCGACCACAUGAUGAUCAAUUUGCUACACCAAAUUCUGAGCGAGUCAUUCCGAAACCUUUCGAACGUUUUCCAUGGAUACGAUUCGACGCAGUCUUCGGAAAGAACUCCAUUUAUGUCAGUUGAGUUGUUACUGAAACCGACAACCAUCGCUGUUGAUCCUUCGCGGGAAGUUGCUGCCUCUUUUAUGGAACAGAUUUGUUUUCAACCCCUGGUCAUGGUGGUGGAGUCGACGCGACGUAUUGUGCGCUUUCAAAGUGAUGCUUACUUCAAUAUUUUUACGGAACCAACGAUUAUGGGCCGACAGGAAGAUCGUCUGUGUGGAAACCCACCAAGCUUCAAUUUCAUUAUUGAUAAUGAUUUCGAGCUUCUUGACAAUAUAAAAUCCAUUCACACGAAUCUCAAUGAAGCCUACGACAUGGUUGAUAAAUAUAUCUUUAGAUUCGAUAAGAUCCGCGAUAAUUACCAGCAAGCGCUGGCAAUGGAUAGAGACCUGAUUAGAAAUGAGACUGAGUUGGAAAAGUUGAGGUUGUUCUGCCAACGGUACAAUUCGGAAAUGGCAGAACUUGAAAACAUUCAAGAAACCCAACGACUCGGUCUGGUGCAGGUUAAGCAGGUUACGUUUCGUGAAGAAAUCAUUCCCGUUUGCCAAGAUCUUUUAUCUGUCCUAGAUGAGACUUUACCGAGGCUUGCCCUGGAGAAAAUCAACUAUGUCAAUCAGAAGGGCGAAGAAAUUUCAACUAAGCUAAUGAUCGUCCCGGAGGAAACCAGUCAGUACAUAUAUUAUUUCAACUUCCUCGAAGUAUGCCAUGAACAAGUGGAGAACUUAGAGAAAGAGCUGAGCUACGCCUAUGAAGCGUUGAAGAUAAUGAAAACUUUCAGAAUACCCUUUAGAGAUGAAGACAAGGAUAAGUACCUUGAUAUGGAAGAACUAAUGGUGCAUAUUAAGGAUAUCAUGGGUACCAAACGCAUCCAGAAACGGGACAUGAUUAACAAGUUCGAUUUGUGCUUACAUACAGACAUAGCAAAGAUCUUCUCCGAAGUGGAAGAGAUAAACGAACAGGUACUUCAAGAGUGGCUUUUGGAUAAUAGCUCCGAUCCAGCACAGAUUCGUGACUGUCUUAUAGACCUUUCGGAACGGCUCAGUUCGUGCCAACGCAAGGCACAAGAAUACAGAAAAUAUCAGAAAGAGUUCCGAUUGGACGUUACUCGGUUCGAUAAGCUGGACAUCGUGAUAAACGAAGUGAAGCUUCGACAGACCCUGUGGGACGGCGUUCAGCAGUGGAAGGAUAGCUUAGAGCUAUGGAGUGAGAUCAAAUUCUUCGAGCUGAACGUAGAAGAGGUGGAAGCCUUAAACAACAAGAUUUUGAAGAAUUGCGCCAUGCUCGAUAAGAAUCUACCGAAAAAUGACAUUAUUCCUAAACUAAGACUAGAAGCAGAGGUGUUCAAGGAGAAAAUACCUGUGCUAUCAUAUCUUCGCAAUCCAGCACUGAAAAAUCGCCAUUGGAUUAAAAUAGAGCAAAUCCUAAAUAGGCAUUUGGCUGGCGAAGAGGAAGUUUACUUACAUACCUUCGAAGAUGCUAAUGCUUUCGAGGAAGAGAUUGCAAACGAGCUAAUGGAGGUAGCUAAUAUGGCUAGUGCCGAGUCAGGACUUGAAACAUUGUUGAAUAAAGUGGAGAAUGCUUGGAAGGAACUGGAGUUGACUGUAGUCAGCCAUAGGGAGGCUAGAGACGUGUUUAUUCUAGCUGGAACUGAUGAAAUUCAGACCGUUUUGGACGAAUCUAGUAUCAACAUCAGUACGAUAGCUGCAUCGAGGCAUGUCGGACCAAUCAAACCGAAGGUUGAUGAUUGGUCCAAACAGUUAGAUCUUUUUUCACGGACCUUGGAUGAGUGGACGUUCUGUCAGCAAUCAUGGAUUUACUUGGAGGCCAUAUUUUCUGCACCAGACAUUCAAAGACAACUUCCGCACGAAACGCAGAUGUUUCUGCAAGUUGACAAAAGCUGGAAAGAUCUUAUGCGGCGUACACAGAAGUCACCGAUGGCUUUGAGUGCCAUGACAGCCGAGGGGGUUUUGCAGCAGUUGCAGAUUAACAAUGCUCUUUUGGAAAAGGUUACCCGUUGUUUGGAAGCCUAUCUCGAAGUGAAACGCAUGGCAUUUCCAAGGUUCUACUUUUUAUCUAACGAUGAACUGUUGGAAAUUUUGGCCCAAACAAAAAAUCCACAUGCAGUACAACCCCACUUGAGAAAGUGCUUCGAUGCUAUAGCUAGAAUUGAAUUUGGCAAAAAAAAGACCGACAGUGGAGAAUCAGUAAUGACUAAUGAUAUUAUUUCUAUGGUAUCUCCGGAAGGUGAGCGCCUCACCUUUGGAGUUGGAUUGAAGGCCCGUGGAGCCGUCGAAGACUGGCUGUCCAAAGUAGAGGAAGCAAUGUUUUUGGCAGUUAAAAGGUACAUGCGACUAGGAUACCGCUGUUAUCCAACGAAAGACCGCUCGUUUUGGAUGCAGGAACAUCCUAAUCAAAUCGUUUUAACAGUAUCGCAACAACAGUGGUGUGCUGAUGUUCACGAAAUCCUUGACGGAAAGGGAAAAGUCAUCAAGAAAAUGCUAACGUUCAAAGAUAAGUUGGUGAAGAAUCUGUCAAUUUUAGCAUCCAUCGCGAGAACGAACAUAUCGAAGCUGGUGCGCAAGGUACUUUGUGCGCUUAUCACUAUCGAUGUUCAUGCUAUGGAUACGGUUUGUCAUAUGAUGGAGAAGAAGGUUAACAAAUCGUCCGACUUUGAAUGGUUGAAAAUGUUACGAUACUACUGGAAUUCUGAGACAGAGACGGUCGAAACAAAAAUGGCAUCAUCUAACCAACCAUAUUUCUAUGAAUAUCUUGGAGCGGGCGGAGUUUUGGUUAUUACGCCCUUGACGGAUAGAUGUUACCUUUGUUUGAUGGGCGCAUUGCAGAUGGAUUUGGGCGGGGCUCCAGCUGGUCCCGCAGGAACGGGAAAAACCGAAACAACCAAAGAUCUUGCCAAAGCUUUAGCAAUACAGUGCGUUGUGUUCAACUGUUCGGACGGCCUGGACUACAAAAUGAUGGGAAGGUUCUUCACCGGUUUGGCCCAAUCGGGAGCGUGGUGCUGUUUUGAUGAAUUCAAUCGAAUCGAUAUCGAAGUACUUUCGGUGAUUGCACAGCAGCUGAUUACAAUUAGAAACGCCAAGGCGAUGCAAAUAAAGCGUUUCAUGUUCGAGGGCCGAGAGAUCAAGUUGAAACCGUCAUGUGCUGCGUUCAUUACUAUGAACCCCGGUUACGCUGGCCGAACAGAGCUUCCUGACAAUCUUAAAGCAUUAUUUAGACCAAUUUCCAUGAUGGUACCGGACUAUGCCUUGAUUGCCGAAGUUGUUUUGUAUUCCGAGGGAUUUGAAGCAUCCAAGGUUUUGGCGAAGAAAAUGGUUCAGAUGUAUAAGCUCUGUAGUGAACAGUUAAGCCAGCAGGAUCACUAUGAUUUCGGAAUGCGAGCCGUGAAAAGUGUCCUUGUAAUGGCAGGGGCACUAAAGCGAGCUUCACCCGAUCAACCAGAGGAGAUUACAUUGAUUUGUGCGCUCAGGGAUUCAAAUCUUCCAAAAUUCCUGGCAAAUGAUGCAGUUUUAUUCAAUGGAAUAUUGGGAGAUUUAUUCCCAGGCAUCGAACUACCCGAACCGGAGAGAGGUAGUUUGCAAGGAGCCAUAGAGGCCUGCAUGGAGCAGAACAAUUUACAGACUGUCCCGGAAUUGAUUCUCAAAACACUUCAGCUGUAUGAAACCAUGGUUGUUCGUUGGGGCGUUAUGCUGGUCGGUCCAACGGGAAGUGGAAAGACAACCGUGUUGCAUACGUUGGCAUGUGCACUGGAAAAACUGUACAAUGAUAUCGUCGACGGGCAUUACUACAGGCCGGUGAACAUACAAACACUUAAUCCAAAGGCCAUCAGCAUGGAUGAGCUGUAUGGUUUUGUGAAUUUGGCAACCAUGGAAUGGAAAGACGGUUUGCUAGGUUUGGCUAUUCGAGCUGCAGUUAAUGUUCCUGACGAAGAGCAUCAAUGGGUUGUCUGUGAUGGACCGGUGGAUGCAGUUUGGAUAGAAAACCUGAACACCGUGCUAGACGACAAUAAGAUGCUGUGUUUGGCCAACUCCGAACGUAUUAAGCUUACAAGUUGGGUACAUAUGAUAUUUGAAGUACAGGAUCUGUCCCAGGCUUCACCUGCUACGGUUUCGCGCUGUGGCAUGGUAUAUCUGGAUCCGUUACAUUUAGGAUGGACCCCGUUAAUAACAUCAUGGUUGAAUACGGUUGAGGAAUAUCACCUGGAUCCGGAUUUGAAGGAGCACAUCCACUUGCUAUUCAAUCGUUACUAUGACGAAAUGGUCAAGUAUAUCAAUAGGAAAUGUCGAUGGAGCAUCCAUCAAGUGAACGUUAGCAAGCUAUCGAUGAUGACAACAUUGCUGCUCAUACUUUUGAAGCAGACUCAAGGAAUCAAUCUAAUGGAGCGAGGAGAUGCGAAAAAUUAUGUAUGUAAAUUGUUUACAUGGUGCGCUCUCUGGUCGUUUGCUGGGAACUUAUUGGACGAAUCGAAAAUAGGAUUCGAAAAAUUACUUAGAUCAUUGUUCCAGGAAAGUGAUGCAGCACUGUUACCCGAAGGAUCAUUGUGGGACUAUAGGAUAAAUCCGGUCAUAAAGACUUGGGAAAACUGGACGGCUGUUCAUCCGCAGUUCGAAUAUAAUCCUAAUGUUGCUUAUUUUGAUCUGCUUGUCCCGACUCUGGAUACUACCACAUAUGGAUACGUAGCCGAAAUGUUGUUCCGAGAGCAGUAUCCAGUCCUGUUUACCGGUGACACUGGCGUUGGCAAAUCUGUACUAGCUCGGGACAUUUUAAACAAACUGAUGAAGGAAAAUGUGAUUCCCAUUUUCGUUAAUUUUUCUGCACAGUCAGAAAGCGCGCGAACCCAGGAAAUAAUUGAAUCGAGAUUGGAGCGCCGCAAAAAGACUUUGUUGGGAGCACCCAUUAACAGAAAGAUUAUAAUAUUCAUCGAUGACGUCAACAUGCCAAAAUUGGAUGUCUAUGGUAGUCAACCGCCGAUUGAACUACUUCGUCAAUUUCUUGAUUUCCAUGGAGUUUACGAUCGAGAUAAGAUGUACUGGAAGGAUAUCGUUGAUGUUACUUUAGGAGCUGCAUGUGCACCUCCCGGAGGUGGCCGUAACAUGCUGACACCUCGAUUCAUCCGACACUUUGCAUUGCUGUCCUUACCGACACCUAACAGCGACACCCUGAAAACUAUCUUCAAAGCAAUUCUUAUUGGAUUUUUGAGUGAUUUUAGCAUGGCUAUACGACCACUCGCGGAGCCAAUAAUAGAAGCAGCCGUUGCCGUAUACGAAAGAAUUUCAGAAGAACUUCUACCAACACCGAAAAAGUCACAUUAUGUGUUCAACCUACGCGAUCUAUCCAAGUGCGUUCAGGGCAUCCUACAGGCUGACACCUCGGCGUACGUUAAUCCGAUCCAAAUGCUUCGACUGUUUUACCACGAAUCAAUGAGAAUAUUCUACGACCGAUUAAUAUGCGAAGAGGAUAAAUCGUAUUUCAAACAAUUGCUACAGGAUUGUUGUGAAAAAUAUUUCGAAACGACCGUAGUUCAUCAAGAGGAAGCCGUUCUCUUCGGAGAUUUUAUGGUUUUUGGUCAAGCACCGGAAGACCGCAUAUACGAGGAAAUCAAAGAUUCGAAAAAACUUAAGGGUAUUUUGUUCGACUAUUUAGAGGAUUACAAUUCAACUGGAGGCAAGGAAAUGAAUCUUGUAUUCUUCGGAGAUGCAAUCGAACAUAUUGUCCGGUUGGCUCGAUUACUCCGAUCAGAGCGCGGAAAUGGACUACUAGUUGGUGUAUCCGGAAUGGGCAAACAAAGCCUCUCGCGAUUGGCUGCUCAUAUCAAUGGUUACCAGUGCAAUCAAAUCGCUCUGCGGCGAGGGUACGAUCAUGCGUGUUUUCAUGAAGACUUGAGAAAGAUCUACUGGAUCGCCGGCGUUUUGAAUAAACCAACCGUAUUCCUGAUAACAGACACUCAAAUUGUGAAGGAGGAGUUCAUGGAGGACAUCAACAAUAUACUUAAUUCUGGAGAGGUCCCUAGUCUGUUCGAAGGAGAUGAAUAUGAAAAAAUAAUACUAAACGCCCGACAACCCUGCAUUGAAAGUGGGCAUUCCAACACGACAAGGGACGGAAUUUUCGAAUUCUUCAUAAAACGUGUUCGUGCAAAUUUACACGUGAUAUUGUGCAUGAGUCCCGUUGGUGACACGUUUAGGCGACGGUGCAGAAUGUUCCCUUCCUUGGUUAAUUGCUGUACGAUUGAUUGGUUUGUAAAGUGGCCGGCAGAAGCGCUGCUGUCUGUGGCAGUUGGGUCACUGAAAGAAGUUGCUGAGAAUGAGGUGCAAUGCAAGCAUCUAUCCCAAAUCUGCGUAAUGAUGCACGAAAGUGUGGAAACCAUUUCGGAAAGGUACUACCGCGAAAUGCGUCGCCAUUACUAUACCACUCCUAGCAAUUACCUGCAAUUGCUAAAUCAAUACCGCGUGUUAGUGCAUAAACGUGUAGAUAUAAUCCUGCAGAAGAAGGACCGGAUUGCAAAUGGGUUGAGUAAAAUUCUGGAAACGAAUCUUGUAGUGGCAGAGAUGGGAGAAGAAUUGAAGCAAUUUGUUCCUAUCUUGGACGAAAAGUCGAGAAAUAUGAAGGAACUGUUGGCGAAACUAGACAAGGAUAAUACAAUAGCCGAAGGCGUGAAGAGAAGCGUAGCCAAAGAUGAAGCAGAAGCCAAAAUCAAAGCAGCUGAAACACAGGAAAUAGCUGACGAAGCAGCCAAAGACCUUGAAACUGUCAUGCCAACACUGCAAGCUGCACAGGAUGCACUCAAAGCGCUGAAUAAAAAUGACAUAAAUGAAUUGAGGGUAUUUCAAAAACCUCCAAAAGUAGUACAAUUUGUAAUGGAAGCGGUGCUUAUUCUACUAGGAUCAAAAACCGAUUGGAAUUCUGCCAAAGUUGUGAUGGCUGACGUUAACUUUCUAAAGAAGCUUGAGGAUUACGACAAAGAGCAUAUAUCCGAUUCUAUACUCAAAAAGCUUAAGACAUAUAUUGAGCAUAAAGAUUUCCAACCUCCUAUUGUCGAAAAGGUGUCCAAAGUAGCGAAAUCAAUGUGCCUGUGGGUAAUAGCCGUAGAACGUUACGCCAAGGUGUACAGAUUGGUUGAGCCCAAAAUCAAACGUCAGAAGGAUGCAGAGGAAGAGUUGAAUCAAGUGAUGCAGCUUUUAAAAUGCAAGCAGAACGAAUUGGCCGAAAUCGAAGCUAAAAUAUUGAUGCUAAUGUCCAAUCUUGAUGAGAAGAAACGUGAGAUGAAAGUAUUGCAGGAUCAUAAUGAUCUGACAACUGCACGGUUGAACCGCGCUGGUCGUCUAACAUCGGCCUUGGCUGAUGAGGAGAUUCGUUGGCGAGAGACCGUACAGGAGUUGACUGCGGAACAGUUUGCGGUUCCUGGUGACGUCCUGGUAGCAUCGGCGUACGUAGCAUACUUGGGAGCAUUUCCGAUGGAUUAUCGACGGGAACUCUCGAGAGCAUGGGUUGAAGAGUGCCGAAGUUUGAAUAUUCCAAGCAGUGACAGCUUUAAUUUGGUAAAAAUUUUGGGUGACUCAUUCCAAAUAAGACAGUGGAACAUGUUUGGAUUGCCGAGAGAUGAGAUUUCCAUCGAGAAUGCAAUUAUUUCCACCCAAGGUGGUCGAUGGCCUCUGAUGAUUGACCCGCAAGAGCAAGCCAAUCGCUGGGUACGCAAUAUGGAAGCAGAGAACGAACUCAGGAUCAUAAAACUAACAGAUGCGAAUAUGAUGCGAAUUCUGGAGAUUUGUAUCAGACAGGGAACGCCCAUGUUAAUUGAAGAUGUGCAGGAAACACUUGAUCCCGUUUUAGAAUCUGUACUACUGAAACGAGUCUUUGUCCAGAACGGAAGGCCGAUGAUCAAACUGGGGGAUGUCGAUGUCGAUUAUGACCAUAAUUUUAGACUGUACAUAACAACAAAAUUGGCGAAUCCCCACUUUUUGCCUGAAAUUUGCAUUCAAGUUAGCCUAGUCACCUUUUUGGUGUCCAGGGGUGGAUUAGAGGACCAACUGCUUGCUGAUAUCAUCAAGAUCGAACUACCGGAGAUGGAAAAACAGCGCAGUGAUCUUAUUGUUAGGAUAAAUGCCGACAAGCAGCAGCUGUUGAUGUUGGAAGACAAAGUCUUGAAGCUUUUGUACAGUUCCCAAGGUAACAUAUUGGACGAUGAAGAACUUAUGGAUGCAUUGAACGAAUCGAAGGAAACAUCAAUUGUCAUUGCCGAUCGGCUGGUCGAAACGGAGAAAACGGAAAUGACUAUUGCCGCCACUAGGGAAAAGUAUCGGAUUCUUGCGUCACGUGGUGCAGUUCUGUACUUUGUCAUAUCGUCUUUGGCCGAAAUCGAUCCCAUGUACCAAUUCAGCCUACGUUACUUCUCGCAUGUAUACUGUUCGGUGAUUGCCAAACCCCAUGCAAAAAUGAACCUUCCUGAACGGUUGAGCACACUGCUGGAUGACAUUACUUUCACAGUAUUUUCAAACAUUUCACGAGGAUUACUUGAAAAGCACAAAUUGAUCUACGGAUUUCUUCUGGCUGUGGGAAUAUGUAAGGAAUCCGACGAAAUUACAGAUGACCAACUACAUUUCAUUUUAAGAGGUCCCAGUAGCAGAAACUUUUCCGUCGAACAAAAGCCUGGCUAUGUUACGGAUAAUCAAUGGUUUAGUUGCAAAUACUUGGACGAAGCUUUUACGGCCUUCUCCGGAUUGUCGAAGUGCUUGCAUGAAUCAAUAGUGGUGGAAAUUGAAGAUUACAAGGAGAACCUAACACCUGCGCCGAAGCCAAAUGAAUCUUCCAAGGAGUGGAACGCUCUAUUGACUCCAGCCGAAAAACUCAUGGUUGUUGCUGCAUUGAAAGAUGAGAGUUUGGUCAUUGCCAUCACCGAAUUUAUUCGAUUCAAAUUGGGUAAACAGUACACGGAACCUCCAAAUAAUACAACCUUACCAUCGCUGUACGAAGACAUAUCGCCGCUAACUCCACUUGUGUUUGUCCUAUCGCCUGGUUCUGAUCCAAUGACGGCACUCAUCAAAUUUGCCCAGGACAAGGAGUACGCGGAGAAACUAUUCUCCAUCUCCUUAGGUCAAGGCCAAGGCCCAGCAGCGGAAGCGCUGAUUGUAAAUGGAACCAAACUGGGUCACUGGGUGUUUUUGCAAAACUGUCAUUUGGCCACAUCGUGGAUGGAAUCAAUGGAACGAAUUAUCAAUAACAUUGCAAUGGGUUUGCAACCGGCUCAUGAUGGUUUUCGACUUUUCUUGUCAUCAAUGCCCGUUAAAACGUUCCCUAUAAGCGUGUUACAGAAUUCGGUGAAAGUUACGAAUGAACCGCCAAAAGGUUUGCGUGCCAAUUUGAUUCGAUCGCUGAAUGAUCUUGAUAUGGGAAGCUUUGAAAUGCAUGUACUCGGUCAACGUUGGAGAAGCAUGGUGUUCGGUCUUUGCAUGUUCCACGGCAUCAUAUUGGAGCGACGUAAAUUUGGCCCUCUUGGCUGGAACAUAACAUACGAAUUCAAUGAAAGCGAUAGGGAAUGCGCAUUAAGAACGCUGGACAUAUACUGCGAGAGAGAAUUAAAAGCGCCCAUUCCCUGGGAUGCAUUGGAGUACAUCAACGGAGAGAUAACCUACGGAGGCAGGGUAACAGAUAAUUGGGACCAACGUUGCCUGCGUUCUAUUUUGAAAAUAUUUUCGUCAGAUAGAGUGCUUUCGACUGAGUAUCGAUACAGUGAAAGCGGCCUGUACUAUUGUCCCGAAGCACGAAAUUUGGACGAAUACAAAGCCUUCGCCAAUAGUUUGCCCAUACACGAUCCUCCGGAAGUUUUUGGAAUGCAUGAGAAUGCCAACAUUAUUUUCAACCGAAAUGAAACCAGAUUCUUUGUAAAUACACUUCUGAAUAGUGUAACUGGAGGAGAUUCUUUGACCGAAGCCGCUUUAGCAGCAAUGGACAAGAUAUGCUUGGAUAAGACUCACACUAUCCGUGCAGCAAUUGCGAAAAGUAUCAACAGCGAUAACCCGUAUCCGGAUUUAAUGAAAAGGGAUAGUAAAAAUCGUAUUCCAUCACUGACGACAGUCCUGUUGCAGGAGAUUGAAAGGUUCGACAGACUGCUGAGUGUGAUUCACAGCAACUUAAAUGACCUGGAGAAAGCCAUACAAGGGUUCGUCGUUAUGUCGGAAAGUUUAGAAGCAAUAUAUCGUGCAUUCACGAACAACCAAGUUCCACAACUAUGGCACAGUAAGGGGUUCCUAUCGACAAAAUCACUAGGCAGCUGGAUAUUCGAUCUGCAGCAACGCAUAGAAUACGUACAAUCGUGGAUCGAUGAUGGCUUGCCGAUAUCGUCAUGGAUUUGUGGAUUGUUCUUCCCUCAGUCUUUCCUGACUGGCACUCUGCAGACCUAUGCGAGAAAAAACGACAUCCCAAUAGAUACAUUGCGUUUCGAUUUCGAUGUCAUGACGUGCACGUUAAAUCAGCAGGCAAUUUAUGAGCGUCGGGCUCGUGGACAGAAGAGCAAUUCAUUGUUUGAAGACCUGAAAGUUCCUGAUACCGGUAUUCUGAUUCACGGACUUUUUAUUGAGGCGGGCAGGUGGGACGUACGAGAGGGCGGACUGUGUGAUGCAAAAGUUGGAGAGCUAAUAGCUAGACUGCCAGUGGUUUGGCUGAAACCCUGUGUGGAACUGGAGAUAGGCCGUCGCUAUGAAGCGCCACUUUACAAGACCAGCAUCCGGGCAGGGGUGCUCUCUACCACGGGUCAUUCGACGAACUUUGUUGUAUCUAUUCUACUGGACACGAAAAAAUCGUCAGAAUAUUGGAUACUACGAGGCACCGCCCUCGUUACUUUAAUAACCGAUUAA